UUCCUAAGCCCAGCGCUAUGUCUCCCAGGUCCCAUUCAGAAAACCGCUGUCGCACUCGCUUUUCCUACGCUUUCUCGCUAAACAAACAGCCACAUCAAAACUUCUCUUGCAGAACCAGGAACCAACUUUGGUGAUUCUCGCAAACAAUGAGUUACAGAAGGGAUAACCGCAAUUCAAGGUCAGCUGUAUUUGAUGAUGCCCUUGAAGAAGGCGGCCUUAGGGCCUCUUCUUCAUAUCCCCAUAAUAUUAAUGAGCACGACAAUGACAAAGCUAUUAACAGUUUGCAAGACAGAGUUAUUUUCUUGAAGAGAUUAACAGGGGACAUACACGAGGAAGUGGAGAGUCAUAAUCGUUUGCUUGAUCGAAUGGGCAACAAAAUGGACAUAUCAAGGGGCAUAAUGUCAGGAACCAUGGAUAGAUUCAAGAUGGUAUUUGAGAAGAAAUCAGGUCGGAGAACAUGCAUACUUGCUGGGGUUUUUGUUGUUUCAUUUGUUAUUAUAUAUUACCUUAUUAGGUAUUUGAUCCCCUUAUGGUUGUGGAUACAAGUGAUUUUGCUUCAUUUCUUACGGAAUUCUAUUGUUUAACAUGAUAAUAGUAAGAAUGUUUAUAUACUACAAAUAAUUGAAAAGCAAGCGAUUGAUGCUAAGUUGCUGGUCUCCGAUGAGAUUUAUACUUUACCUGAAAUUGUAUGGAGUUUCAAUAUAGUGGUUUGUUUCAAGUCGCUUGUAAGUUCACUACAUUGUGGCAUACACUUUGUGUAGGAAACCAAACCAGUAUAGGAAAAGAGGAAAUUACUUGCUCAGCUGAUGGUUGGCUUAAUUCUCUGAUUUUGAUCUUAUUCUGCAGGAUCCUUAGAUACGCGCAUUCUUAAAGUAGACUUGUGGGAACCUCGCCCCUUAAAGUCUUCCCAUACACAGUUUGCAGUCAAGUAAUCAAGGGUGCUAAAGAUGUCUUGAUCGUGGUGUUGAUAAUAGGAGAGUGCUUCAUUGCAUAUAUGCUGCGGGAUGACCUGUGAAUGAAGGUGGGCUGGACCCUUACAUUGGCGAAUCUUUAACGAGUUAACACGGUUGGAUGAUGACAUGAUGUAAUCAAUUGUAGACUUUUUGAAAAAUACCAUGUGAAGGCGCCCGUUGGCCAAUGCAUUUUUUUGGUAUUCUUGUGCAUGGAGAUGCUGAAAAAAAAAAAGAAUUAAAAAUGGGGUAUUUUUAGUAUGUAAUCAAAUCAUGGAUUAAAAUUCAUUCUGUGGCAGUAUUCUGGAUUUAGUUCCA